AUGAAAAAGCAGAAGAUAUGCUACAAGAGGAACACCUACAUAAACAAGGGGAUGAAGUUUAAGACAUUGAAACAGAUGAUCCCAAGUCUUAUUGAAAAAGAUCACAAAUACGUCCAAAUCUCAAAUAGAAUAUCUGUAAAACCCGGAAUAAGACUCUGUGAUCUAACAGGCCUUCCUGCGCCAUACACAUGCCCAAACACUAGGCUAUUUUACUAUAACUCUUCUGUGUUCAAAAGAAUUUGUGAUAUGCCUAGUGACCGUAUCCAAAAGCUAUUUCAGCUGAGGGAGUUUGGAAAAACCUUGGUUCCGUUCAAAAGAUAA